AUGGCUGUUUCUCCGAAACAGAGAAUAAGCCCCGUCAAGGCUAAGCGACGAAGGCCACCCAAGAUCAAGUUCUUUAGGAAAAAGCUUUCAGGACUAGACAAAAGGACUCCUAAUCAAUUCGUUUCUCUUGGAAAGGAGAAGGCCCAACGCCAUAAACGGAAGAGAGUUGAUGACAUGUAUGAAAAUGAUGAAGUCAAGUCUGCUUUAAUGGAACGAGCGGUGGAGGUUCAAGCUAAUCUAUCAUCUGAAUUCCCUAGUCUGAUUAAGUACAUGCUCCCAUCACAUGUUACUGGAGGAUUUUGGCUGGGUCUUCCCAAGGACUUUUGCUUGAAGCAUUUGCCCAAGGAGGACAGAAUGAUUGUUUUGGAAGAUGAAGAGGGGAUAGAGUUUCAAGCAAAGUAUUUGGCGGAAAAGACUGGUCUCAGUGGUGGAUGGAGAAGGUUCUCCAUUGCUCACAAAUUACUGGAGGGAGAUGUCUGUGUCUUUCAUUUAAUCAAAACCUCCAAAUUGAAGGUGUACAUUGUUAGAAGCAAAGGUUCAGAUGAAGUGAAUGUUGCCCUUGGCCUUCUGAAAUUAGAGUCUUCCACCGAACCAAUGGACCUUGUGAAGGAACCCAAGUUUUGUGAAGGAAUAAGAGAUGAGUCUUUGGGAAAUUAUGGGGUGGAGGAAAACAGGAUUUGUGUAGAAACAACAGGUAAAUCUUUGGAGGUCCUUCCACUGGGCAUUUAUCCAAAAACUAUUCAUAACAAUGACCCGACACUCUCCAGCACUAAUUUGGGACCUACUCCAUAUCACUCUGAAAAUGAUAGCGAGGAUCUUGGGUCUGAAGUUUUGGAUGGAAUCAGGUUGUCUGAAUCCAUUGUUGAGUUUAAAGAAGUGAAAAGCAUUGAGAACUUUAAAAUUCUAGCAAAUGGUUUAAUCAUAAAUUCUGAGCUUGCCAAAUAUGUUCAAAUGAAGUACUAUGAGCUUUGUUGUAGUCAAAAGUCAUUCCUUCAUGAUCAUCUUCUCGGGGGACUUAACUAUAAGUUGGUUGCUGGAGUUAUUGCUGAGACCGUCAAUAUUGCUGAUGCCAUAAGAGCUGCCAAGCUUACAACCUCCCACCAUAAUUUUCUAACUUGGGACCAGACUUUGAAAUCGUUUGAGGGGUUGGGUAUGAAAGUAGGCAUGUUACGUUCUCGAUUGGAUCAACUGAUGAACCUUUCUUUGAAGGCAAAGAGAUACCAAGAGGCUAGACUUGAACAAGUUCAUGCAAAGGAGGAGAAGAGGAAACUUGAAGCCAAGCUUCUGGAAGUAACUGAGGCACUAAAUAGGCUUGAUAUAGAGAUAGGGUCGUUGGAGGAGGAGAAUGCUGACAGGCUUGAGCUUCUGUUUCAAGAAAAGGCAAGUGCCCCUUGGUGAUAGUGGGCACUUUGUGUUGAACAUGAGCCUUUUGUUUUGGAAGAAAGAUCCAUGUUUCAUGGUUAUCCAUUUUCUGAAAGAUCCCGGCUUUCAUGCUUUGGUGAGUCUCUUUGUGGAUCCCAGGCA